AGAGUUCCCUUAUUUGCAGGGAAAAAAAGUUAAAUCUUUUAGACUUCUUCUUCUAAUUUGUAUUCUCUUUAAUAACUCAGUAGCCAGACCACCAUUUUUUGCUUCACUCAACAACCAACAUAUAUCCUCCUCCUCUUCAUUAAUACAUUACAAAAAAAAUAUAUCCAUUAUUCCUUUUGGGAGCCUUUAUAAAUACACAUCAAAACUAAAACUAACCAACCAAAACAUAGAAUUCAUUAACUCCCUUAUCUUCUUGAUAUAUACUUAGAAGCCAUCUCAAAAAAAAAAAUGUUGAAGAAAAGAGGCAUUGAGCUUUGGGCAAUAUUUUUGGUAUUUAUUGUUAGUUUUAAUACAAAUUCAGCACAGAAUAUUAGCAGAAACAAUUUCCCAAAGGGCUUUGUUUUUGGUACUGCUUCUUCUGCUUAUCAGUUUGAAGGAGCUGUGAAAGAGGAUGGAAGAGGUCAAACUAUAUGGGACAAAUUUUCUCAUUCUUUUGGUAAAGUAAUUGAUUUUAGCAAUGCCGAUGUAGCCGUGGAUCAGUAUCACCGGUACCAGGAAGAUAUACAGCUUAUGAAGGAUAUGGGAAUGGAUGCCUAUAGAUUUUCUAUUGCUUGGGCCAGAAUUUUCCCUACAUUAUCAGAUGGAACUGGAGAAAUCAAUCAGGCUGGAGUGGACCACUACAAUAAGUUGAUCAAUGCUCUACUAGCUAAUGGAAUUAAACCAUAUGUAACACUAUACCAUUGGGACCUUCCUCAAGCUUUAGAAGACAAGUACAAUGGAUGGUUAAGCCCACAAAUCAUAGAAGAUUUCGCGAUAUACGCGGAGACAUGCUACAAGAAAUUUGGAGAUAGAGUGAAGAAUUGGAUCACUAUCAAUGAGCCUCAUACUGUUGCCGUCCAAGGCUUUGAUGUUGGGCUACAAGCACCGGGGCGAUGUUCCAUCCUCCUACGAGCUUUAUGCAGGGCCGGAAACUCUGCAACUGAGCCUUACAUUGUUACUCACAAUCUACUCCUUGCUCAUGCCACUGUUGUUGACAUUUACAAAAAGAAGUACAAGCCAACACAACAUGGAUCAAUUGGGAUAUCACUAGAUAGCUUUUGGUAUGAGCCUUUAACAAACUCCAAAGAUGAUAUUGAAGCAACACAAAGGGCCAUUGAGUUUCAUUUAGACUGGUAUCUUGAGCCUGUGAUGCUUGGAAGGUAUCCGAGUUCGAUGGUAGAUAGAGUGGGAAGCCGGUUGCCUAAAUUUACGCCAUCUGAGUCUGCACUCGUGAAAGGUUCCUAUGAUUUCAUAGGCAUAAAUCACUAUACUACAUGGUAUGCCAGCAAGAACAAAACCAACAUAAUUGGUGUUCUGCUCAAUGACUCUGUCUCAGACUCUGGUGCCAUUACCCUCCCAUUCAAAGGUAUAAAGCCAAUAGCAGGCAGGGCAAGUUCAAUAUGGUUGUACAUAGUGCCUCAUGGUAUUAGAAGCUUAAUGAACUACAUCAAGCAAAAGUAUGGGAACCCUCUAAUCAUAAUCACUGAAAAUGGAAUGGAUGAUUCAAACAACAUAUUAAAAUCGCGACAAGAUACUCUCAAGGAUACAAAAAGGAUCGAUUAUCACAAUGACUAUCUUACUAAUCUGUUAGCUGCUAUCAAAGAAGAUGGCUGCAAUGUUAAGGGAUACUUUGUGUGGUCUUUGAUGGAUAACUGGGAAUGGGCAGCUGGAUUUUCUUCGAGGUUUGGUCUUUAUUACGUGGAUUACAAGGACAACCUCAAGAGAUAUCCUAAAGAUUCUGUAAACUGGUUCAAGAAUUUCUUAGGAUCUGCUUAAAUUGAUACAUGUUACUUACAAGCAUCGUAUAUACAUACAUUCCACGCGUAAAAGGCACAAUGUGAUGUAUACAAACAUUUAUUCUUUCACAGUACCUUAAUGUCAUUCAAUUUAAAUGUCAAAAACCAAUUGCCAUUGCUCGA